AUGGGGACGGCGCGCCCCGCCCACCGGUCGCCAUGGGGACGGCGCGCCCCGCCCCCGGUUGCCAUGGGGACGGCGCAGGCCGGCAGCGCCAUGGCGAGGCGGCAGCGCGGCCUCCCCGGUGCCUCCCGCCGCAGCGAGGAGCGGUGGGACUUCUGCUGGGGCGAGGCCGCCUGGCUGCGGGAGCGCCUCGGCCGCGCCGCCCUGGAGCAGCACGUCCGCGUCUGCCACUUCCGCAACCACUACGAGCUGACUCGGAAGAACUACCUAGUGAAGAAUCUGAAGAGGCUUCGGAAGCAGUUGGAGAGAGAAGCAGGAAAGCUUGAGGCAGCAAAAUGCGACUUUUUUCCAAAGACCUUCGAAAUGCCUUUAGAGUACCACUUGUUUGUGGAAGAAUUUCGCAAGAAUCCUGGCAUCACUUGGAUUAUGAAACCAGUUGGCAGGUCACAAGGUAAAGGAAUUUUUCUGUUCCGAAAACUGAAGGAUGUCAUUGACUGGAAGAAGGAUGGGCUCCACACAGAUGAUCAGAAAGAUGAAACACAAGUAGAGAUUUACGUAGCUCAGCGAUAUAUUGAAAAUCCAUAUUUAAUAGGAGGUCGAAAGUUUGACUUGAGAGUUUAUGUUCUAGUGACAUCUUACAUCCCGCUGAAGGCCUGGUUAUACAGAGAUGGAUUUGCUCGCUUUUCUAAUACGCGAUUUACUCUGAAUAGCAUAGAUGAUCAUUACAUUCAUCUCACAAAUGUUGCUGUGCAAAGGACUGCGCCUGGUUACGAUCCAGAGAAGGGCUGCAAGUGGAUGAUUCAGCAGCUCAGACAGUACCUGACUGCCAAGCACGGAGCAGAAUCAGUGGAAGUUCUCUUUGCCGAUAUGGACAACAUUUUCAUCAAGAGCCUUCAGAGUGUUCAGAAAGUGAUUAUCAGUGACAAACACUGCUUUGAGCUCUAUGGAUAUGACAUCUUGAUCGAUCAGGAUCUGAAACCCUGGCUUCUUGAGGUAAAUGCUUCACCUUCCCUCACUGCCAGUAGCCAGGAAGACUAUGAACUCAAAUGUCAUCUUCUCAAAGACACACUUCAUAUUGUGGACAUGGAAGGCAGGCUGACAGGGAAGGAGAAGCGCGUUGGAGGCUUUGACCUUUUAUGGAACGAUGGGCCCGUCAGCAGAGAGGGAAACCUGGAUACGCUGCUGAAAGAGAACUUCAUGGCAAAUACCCAUUUAGGCUGCUACAAUGACAGGAAGAAACAACUGAAGCAACUUUUCAGGAGUCUUUCUGCCCAGCAGAAAGUGUAAUGCUGACCCAAAGCUUUGGAUGUGAGAAAUCACCAUGGAAGAAUCAAUCAGUCUCUCUCUCUUCCUUGUGUUGUGGUGCUGCAGUUCCCACUUCUUUCUGGACACUUGCUGCCUCAGCACGAGUUUGUUGGUCUUGGUUUGUAACUUUAACUGUUACAGCUCCCAAGCUGGGGAAACCUUACCAAAUGAAUCCUAUCUAUUAUCUAAAGCAACAACAGGAGUGAGCUGAGUUUUAACAAUGCUACAGUUAAGUAUCUUAGUUAUGGGGAGUUGUGGCUGGAGCUAACCCUACAGAAAAAGAUUACUUGGUGCUGUUUUAGGCUGCAGGCUGGAGCCACAGCUUGUUGUGUUGGUGAGGACUAGCAGGAAGGGAAUACCGCUCUGUGCGCUAAGCGUGGCUGUGGACGUGUGCUGUAGAUGGGAGGAGGGCGGAGGGGUUCUUUGGAUCAAAUAUACUAACUCAUCGUUUUAGAACCAAGUGGCUGGAAGAACUUGAAUAAAAUACUUCCUAAUAGGUGA